AUGUUUGUACUUCACAAAUGUAGAGUCCUGCAAAGAGCCACCGUCGCCCCAGACCUCGCCUCACGCCUCGAGGCCCCGGGCCUCGCCUCAGCCCCAGUACAAAUAUCUCAAGCCUCGCCUCGGGCCUCGUCUCAGGCCUCGCCUCGGGCCUCGUCUCAGGCCUCGCCUCGGGCCUCGUCUCAGGCCUCGCCUCGGGCCUCGUCUCAGGCCUCGCCUCGGGCCUCGUCUCAGGCCUCGCCUCGGGCCUCGUCUCAGGCCUCGCCUCGGGCCUCGUCUCGGGCCUCGCCGCGGGCCUCGCCUAGGGCCUCGCCUCGGGCCUCACCUCAGGCCUCAGCACAAGCGGCUGCAGGACCAGUCCAAAAGAGCGUGUGGAUCAUUGGAGACGGCCACGUACAGCGCGCUGCAGAGAGAGCGUCAGACAGUGUGGGCAGCCAUCUUGGUCUUACCAACACAGUUGUCAGUUGGUUUGCCUGGGAGGGCAUGUGUUGGAGCAAAGUCGUUCCCUCCUUCAACAGGUUCAAAGGAAGAGGUGUGCCGGACGUCCUCCUGAUUCACUGCGGCGGGAAGGACCUGGGAAACGUGCCCAGUGUCAAAUUGUUGGAUGUGAUGAAGGAGGACCUGCGCCAGCUCCAUCAGCAGCACCCAGGAAUGCAAAUCCUUCUCUCCGCCAUUCCUGAGCGGUGCAUGUAUAAGGCUGGAGUAAAGCCGGCAAAGCUCCACAAGGCUCGCAAAUUCAUCAACAAAGUCAUAGUGUGGACCGUGCAGAGUGUGGACCGUGCAGAGUGUGGACCGUGCAGAGUGUGGACCGUGCAGAGUGUGGACCGUGCAGAGUGUGGACCGUGCAGAGUGUGGACCGUGCAGAGUGUGGACCGUGCAGAGUGUGGACCGUGCAGAGUGUGGACCGUGCAGAGUGUGGACCGUGCAGAGUGGACCGUGCAGAGUGUGGACCGUGCAGAGUGUGGACCGUGCAGAGUGUGGACCGUGCAGAGUGUGGACCGUGCAGAGUGUGGACCGUGCAGAAUCAACACAUGCAAACUGAUCAGUUACAGAAAUGUGCUUCAUGUUUGUGCUGCUGUGUCCUGGAACACGGAUGAAGAGGCUUCACUCGUGCCUGUCGGGGUCGCCCUGGUGAACUGUCGGGGUCGCCCUGGUGAACUGUCGGGGUCGCCCUGGUGA